AUUUUAGUGAUAUUAAUUGCAGGUACUGUUCUUAAUAAUGAAGUGAAGUUACUAUGGAAGAAAGUUUCUCUCAUGAGAACUCUGCUGGUUUAAAUGCAGUUGACAGUUUUAUCAUACAAAGACUUGACUCAGGGGAUAUCAUUUACAGUAAUCCAAAUGCAAAGUUUAAGCUUGUUGGUCCAUAUGUUAUGGGCGGUAAGCUUGGAGAAGGCAGCUAUGCAAAAGUGAAGGAGUGUCAACAUUCCGAGACCUUGGAACGAUGUGCUGUUAAAAUCUUGAAAGAGAAGACUCUGCGCAAGAUUCCUCAUGGAAAAGAAAACGUCAUAAGGGAGAUCAAACUUUUAAGAAACCUACACCAUAAAAAUGUUGUUAAACUUCAUGAUGUUAUUUAUAAUGAAGAGAAAGGGAAGACUUACAUGAUGAUGGAGUAUUGUGUUGUGGGGCUGCAGGAAUUGCUGGAGAAAUCCCCUGAAAACAAAUUCCCAGUUUGGCAGGCGCAGGGAUUUUUCCUGCAGUUGAUUGAAGGUCUGGAGUAUCUACACAGUCGUGGUGUCAUUCACAAAGAUGUCAAACCAGGCAACCUGCUUCUUAGCUGUGACAAAACCCUGAAAAUCACAGAUUUUGGAGUAGCAGAGCAAGUUGACUUGCUUGUGGGCGAUGACUUGAUCACCAGCAGUCAAGGGAGCCCAAUGUUCCAGCCUCCUGAGGUGACAGGCGGCACUCUUGAACGCUUUCCUGGCUACAAACUUGAUGUUUGGAGUGCGGGCAUUACUUUGUACAAUUUAACAAGUGGCAAGUAUCCAUUUAAUGGGUCUAGUAUAUUCCGCAUUAUUGAGAGCGUUGGUCGUGAUCCGCUGGUCAUUCCUUCUGAGCUGGACUCAAACCUCUCCUCGCUCCUCCAGCUCAUGCUGGUCAAAGAUCCUUUCAAGAGAAUAUCCUUGCAAGAAGUUAAGAAGCAAAGGUGGGUGAUGCAGAAGCUCCAACCUUUACGAGGAGAUGAGGAGGGCGUGUCGUUGUGGGAGCGUCAGGGAGUGGCUGAUCCUCACUCCUCUUCUGUCAUCCCAUUCCUCGAGUGCCAUCACUUCCCUGAAGAGUCCAUUCCUUACAUCACUGAGCACGAGAGGAACAUGAACGAGUCAAACACGCCUUACUUCAAGACAAGCUGUCAAAUGAGUCCACCGCCCAACGUCAAAAAGAAACGGCACGAAGGCUCCUCUUGCAUCAGCUUCCAGACGAUCUCAAGCUGCAUCCAGUCGUGACGAAAUUCCCGAGUACCUGACAUCUUUAUGUGGCUCUUUGCAUUCAAGCAAUAAUGCAACAAACACAGCUCCUCUGACAAGGACACCAUCUAUGGAGGAGUUUUGAUUGUUCAUCAAGAUGGGCUACAGACAUUGUUGUAUUUUUUCUUGACUUUGCAUAUUAUUUCUUUAUUCUGCCACGCAAUGUGUAGAAUUUUCUGACUACUGGUCUUUGGUGUAGUGCAAUAGCGUAAGCUAUUUAUUCGUCAAACCUAUUAUGCUAGAGUGAUGAUAAUUGCCUUUCGACAAACUAUGAAGGUCCUCAAGUGCUAUCGUCUCUUUAUUUUUUUUAACACAAUGAAGAGCUUGUUUUUGUCAGGAUAUGAAACUAACUAGUCUUGUGAGAUGCUUCAGUUAGGACUGAAGUGUAACGAGCAUGAAGGUGUAUAUCUAUAAAUGUUUCUUUACCGUAAUGCUUGUGCUGAAGGUGCCUUGCCGCUCUUUCAAUUUCUUGUUCUACUUUCCUUUGAAAAACCACUGUAUCGUCAAAAAUUAUUUGUGAAUGUAGAAAUCAACCGUGCACAAUGUCGAUUCGGUAAGUACACCGUUAGAUCUCGAUGAUUUUCUUUCAUAUAAGAUGCUAGUGAGUUUUUGACAUAUGCAGGAGACCUUUUGCGGUCAUUCAAUGAAUGACUAGAAUUUAGUUUGAUGCGUCUGCAAGAUAUUCUUAUUAUACCAGGCAUGUAGAUGUUCGAUAAAAUUGAAUGUCCCUCAGUUUCUUAUAACAAAACGUUUUAUGAAAAUAAACAAAUUAAUGACAUUGGUUGCUAGUAGCUAAAUUGAUUGAUUUAAUUGAGUUAUGUGAUAUUUGGGUAAUGUCCUCCAUAAAGCACUUAAAAGUGAUGUACCUGAUUUCCAGUCUUGUGACUAAUCCUAAAGUCUUACUCUGAAAUCUGUGUCACUUUUUUUCGCUGGUGGUUUCGAAUCGCUGUUUUACGCUUGAAUUGGUUCGCUGUAUUUAUGUUUUAUGCUAUUUUUAAGGUGCUAGGAUCCAGGCCAACUGAUGACGGUGUUUUGAUAGUUAAUUGUACCUGUUCUCUGAGGUUGACCAUUGUUCUCCUCUUUUGUUGGAUAGAGUAAUUCCCCCCAAAUAUUUACCUUUUCAGAAGAAACCUUAAAAUGGU